CCGAUUGCGUUUCCGGUACGGAUUAGGGUGUUUUCUAGUUAAAUGAUGCCAUUUUUGAAUUUUUAUUGUUGAAUUACAAUAGUGCUGUUAUUGUGUGACUUCCUCUCUUGUUAACACAACAACAUACACAUACAGGUAAAAAAAUACAAACUCGAUCUCAACAGCAAAUAUGUUACCAUGGUUACUAAAGGACCACAACACAGACGGGUGUACGAACGUGCAACUGUAGUGUUUUCUCAAAGCUGAAAAAUAAUUAUUUUUGAAACAAUUUACAUUAUAUGGGACCAACGAAAAUAGAAAAUGUACAAAGUUAAUUUCCCAGGUGAGCAAUUGAUUGAGACUGCUGUAGAGAGGAGACGGGCUGCAGAGGCAGCACGCAAGGCUCAAAUCUUCAAUACAAGGUUGCGUGUGAUGGGCCUUGACGUGGAUGCACUCAACAAACAGACAAAGGAGAAAAAGCGCCGGGAAGAAAUGGAGAGAGAAAUAGACAACGCUUUUGAUAAACUGAGAUUAAAGCUUGAUGAAGCACUGUUGCAGAGAGACUUGGAGGAAAGGGAAGUGCGAGCGGCUUUGCACGCUGACCUGACUCAGUAUUGGAGCACCCAUCAGCGAGUGCAGGACUCGUGUGAUGCUGAUCUCAAGUGUGGCCUUGGAGGGACUUUCAGGAUUGAUGUUCCAGAGGCUGAACUUGGGCCUUCCAGCAUGCGGAUCUUUCAGGGUGAAGAUAUUGGAGAGGGACAGCGCAAGAGAGAACAAAUAAAAAAGGCAGCAAGAGAUCUGCUGGAACAAAAGGUGGACCGUGAGAGAAGGUGCAUGGAGGAUAAGCACAGAGAGGCGUUGGCAGAAAAAGAGCUGUUGCAUCAGGACCACAGCUGGAGACAUCAACACGCUACUGAGGAGGAGGGCAAAAAAGCUGCCCGGGUCGCUCUUGACCUCUACAAUCAAGCUCUGGCUGCAGAGCGGACUGAAAGACUGAAAGAGCAGCAUCGAAGAGAGGAGAGCGAGAAUCUUGCUGAAAUGUGGAACGCGAUGACAUCCAACAUGAUGGCUGAGUGCUGGGAUGCAGCAGUGAAACAGCUGGAAGGAGGAAGGAGGCCUGUUGUGACUGACAGGUGGAAGGGAAUGAGCCCCGAGCAGCUGAGGGACAUUCAAAGGGAAAGAGAAGCACAAUGCAUUGAAAGACAGAGACGGCGUGUUCUCGAGAAGAAUCGGGAUGCAGCUUGGAACUCCCACAUCUUAAAGGAAUCCAGAGAAGCCCAGGAAGAGGAAAGGAGAACGGCUGAACUAAGGAGAGCAAAGCGGCUCCAGUCAGACCAGUUCAACAAGCAGCUGGCCCAAGAACAGCAAGCACAUCAGCAGUACCUAAAUAAGCAGCUGUACACCAACAAACCCACCCUGGCCUACUUCCAUCAGUUCAACACCACCUCUCGCUGAUUGCAUCCCAAUAGAAAACCCAAUAAUCAUUCCUCACACUCAAUGUGACAGAUCAGUGUUCUCUGAGGACAAAAAAGCGACCCAUCAUCAGGGUAGAAUGUUCCACAUAUUUUAUUAUUGUUCAGUCAUAUCCAGUUACAUUGGUAGAUUGAUGAUGCAGUUACAGUUGCACUGGCCCCUUGUACACUUGUAUGUGGCAUUUCCACUUACAGGUUGCAUCAGGUUGUGCUCACCACAACAAAGAGGCACGUUCCCAAAGCGGCAGUACUGUACACUCCUUUACUUAAAACCCUCAUGCCUCCGAAGCUUGUGCCCCCAUCUCAUCACCAACAAAUAUUUUACUGUUCUAUUGGUUUUAGUUUUUUAACUAUAAAGAAAGAGGGGGGGUCAACCACAGAACAACAACGUCCCCUUGACAUGUAAAAGCAGAGGCAGUCGAGUAUCUGUGUGUCAUUGAAAGCUACAACAUUUGCAAGAAGAGCAACGAACACAAAUGUUUAGCAGCAGCUAAUUUUGUCUCAUCUACGUCCCUGUAUGUGAUAUGUAUGAAAAUAGAUGAUCCUAUUUAUCCUGAGUGUGUGCAUGUAUGUGUGUGUCUGUAAAUUAACCUACAACAAGGAGUUGCCUUUAACAAAGCAUUUGUGGACAUCCCAUAGUGCCAGGAUGGUCAGGUGAUACUUGGCUUGUGGGAAGCCUUUUUUUUUUUUAAAUAGAGAGAAGUGAGAUAGCCACGUUGCAUCUAGUCACACCCUAUGGUGCGGCAUCCUGCCUUUUAUGCCUGCAUUAGACAAAAUAUAACACAUAGUCACGUCACUGCAGUGCAUUGCUGGAUGGCAUGAAAGCAAGCAUUCAUACGAAUGUAAUUACUAAGUGACAAUAUUGUACAAUUAUGUAUAAAAAUUGAAAACAUCUACCAAAAAAUGCAGCUUUUUUAAAUCUAUUUUCUUUUAUCCUCAACUUUGUUUGCUAAACAGCCAGAUUUUACUGAUUGUUCAUAACAAAUGAAGUACAAAGAAGAAAUGCUUGCUUUAAGAUGAUGCUCAGACGUUUUAAUCCUGCACAUUUUCUUUAUAGCGGCCACGGUUGGGUUCUUCAUAGCAGUCUUUUAAAGGAUGUAUUUACAUUUCUUAGGGAGGAAAAAGGUCCAACUUUAUGCAUCAACCUAAACCUAA